CACGAGCAUUUAUCUUCUUUCCUUCCUGUCCUGUGUUCGUUAUUGCAACCGUGUUCUCGCGGUGGAAGUCUGUCUCCAAUAUCGGAACGUAUCAUAACUGUGUCGUGAACGGAAAUCGCAAACUUCCCAAAUAGACAGAGGCUACUUGGCAGUCACUGAUAAAUCGUGCUAGGAAACUACACUCAGAUUCAGACAAAAUGUGAUUUGGGCAGACGAAGAGAUUUUUUGAUUCAAGGAAACUCGGGCCCAAAGGAGAAUCGCCGACUUGAUACCACCGUAAAAAAGAGGAGGAACUCAGAAAGAAACGAUGGAGAUUCUGGGAGUGAAAUUCGCUCCUUUAAACGUUCCAUUAAAUCGACUAUUAGAAACGCUCUCAGCCACGCUUUUGAUCCUAAUUUUCGGACUUGGAUACUUCCUGGGAUAUUUUCUCGCUGCUUACUUUCUUUUCUUCACCCAAACUAUGCGCUACUUCGUAUUACUUUACUUCGUCUGGAUGUAUUACGAUUGGAAUAAAUUCGAUCUAGGCAAAAUACGGCGAAAAUUCAUGGGGUGGAUUAGGAGCUGCGCGUGGAACCGAUACUUUUGUAACUACUUUCCUAUAAAAAUAGUGAAGACUACUGAUUUGGAUCCGAACAAGUUGUAUUUAUUCUGUAGUUUCCCGCAUGGGAUCCUAUCGUCAGGAGUUUAUGGUGCAUUCAUAACAGAUAUCGUUGGCUGUAGAGAACUUUUCCCCGGUCUCGAAUUUAGAGUCGUCAUACUUGAACAAUUCCAUCAGUCGCCGUUUUUCCGCGAGUUUUAUCGCGUCAUCUACACCCUUGCUAGCAGUCCAGAGUGCAUAAAACAACACCUAUCGACGAGACCGUCGCCACCGUACACCGGAAGGGCGAUAGUUCUGAUACCUGGUGGUGCAGCAGAAGCAUUGGAAUGUAAGCCGGGCAUUUACCGCAUCCUGAUAAAAAGGAGAAAAGGCUUCGUAAAGCUCGCGCUGCAAAAUGGAAACCCUCUGGUUCCUGUCUGUUCAUUCGGAGAAACGGACAUUUUCGAUCAAUUGACCUGCCCCGAUGGCUCGUACAUGAAGAGACUACAGGAGUUCAUUCGUAAGAAAAUCAGUAUACCGCCGAUUCUACUGGUUGGUCGAGGAUUCUUCCAAUACAUUUUCGGUUUUAUCCCUCGACGGAAGCCAAUUACUGUCGUUGUCGGCAGUCCGAUGGAGUUACCAAAGAUAGAGGAACCAACGAGAGAACAAAUCGAGGAAUAUCACGAGAAAUUCAUUAAGCACCUGGAGAAGUUUUUCGAGAAUGAAAAACACAAGUACAUCGAGAACGCGGAUUCGGUGCACCUUGAAUUCGUAUAGUGAUACCACUAAAUAACGAUCAUUUAUAACUGACCUUGGCAAUUAUUGUUCAAAGGAUCAAGGAACUGCUCAAUUGCUUAUACUUAUACGGACUUCUGGGAACUUAUAUAUAAAAGUGAUAGAAAUAAGCGAUUAAAUGGGGUGGUAAAUAAUAAUCACGUGUAUAUCAUACAAGCCUUUUUUCUUUCAAUGAGCGAAAAAUGGAUGAAUUCUGUCGCAGUAUGGUUGACUCUGUACAAACAUUUGUUGAUAUCGUGUAAUUGUACAUUGCUUGUAUAUAUAUAGUAAUUUUUGUUAACAAGGAAACUAGAUGUUCUGAAUAAGGUGUUAAAAGUUAUUAAAAAAAUUCGCACAAAUUUA